AUUCAUCUCAGCAAAAUUUCCAGUAUGUAGAUGACUGUGCAGUUAAAUUUUUGUUCAGACUAACACCACACCAUGUUUCAAGACAGAUGGCCAGCAGCUGAUAUCCAGUCUGAUGAGGCUUACACAGACUUCAGAAGUUGAUCCAAAAUGACUACGGCAAAGCCUCCUUGUUCCAUUGAAAAUUGGACUGAGGAAGAUGUCCACCACUGGCUGAUCACAGAGGUCAAAGUUCAUCAGACAGAUGCAGACAGAUUCGUUGAAGAAGAAGUGUCAGGAUCAAGUUUAGAUGAAUUUAAAAAGGAAGACAUCUUGGACUUGGGAAUAAAACACGGUCCUGCAGUAAAAAUCACAUCCUAUCUAGGAAAUCUGAAAAAAGGAUCACAACAUGAGUCGCAGUUCCCAGCAUAUGUGGAAAACUGGACAAAGGAGCAAGUGGCCCAGUGGUUACUGCAGCAUGUUAAAAUAUACAACAAAUAUGCAGUACGAUUCCAAGAGGAAGAUGUGUCUGGAGAUUGCCUUGUUUGCUUCACGAAGCAGGAUUUACUGGACCUGGAAGUGAAAAGCGGUCCUGCUGUAAGAAUUCUGUCAGAACUCCGUCAGCUGAAAAACAAACCAGAGCCGACACUGCAACCCAUCCUUCACACCAGCACAGACCAAACAGAAGCUCCAAAUCCCACUCAACCUAAGCUGAGUCUGGCGCAGGCCACGGCAUCCGAACAACCAGAGUCACGUGACAAUAUUGAAUCAAAAACAGACAAUAUGGUGGAAAAUGAACAAGAAAAGACUCAGCGACCAUCCAAGAAAGCUUCAGAGAAGGAGGAAAUUCAGCAGCCAAGGCCUCGAGACUUGGGGGCCAGGAGAAAAGAGGUUUCUAAAACUACAGUCCUACAAGACGCAUCCAAGAUUAAACUGGAGAUUCAGAAGACCCUAGCCAACCUUUCACAACAUGAUCUGAAACAUUUCCAUUUCUGCUUACGAGAAUACUCAAAAUCCAAGCAUACACCUAUUCCUCUGUGUAAACUGGAAAAGAUUGACACCAUGGACACAGCUACAUUAAUAGUUGAGCACUUCAGAAGCAAAGAUGCUUUACGAGUCACAAAAGAUGUUCUAAAUGAAAUCAAUCAGCUUCAACUCAUCUGUGAGCUGGAAAAGAACAUGGGCCAACUGGAGCAGCGGAGUCUGUCAGAACAUGUUUUGAAGAAAGAAGCUAACCAGGGUGACAAACUAAAGAAUUUAUUAACUUGUGGUGGGAACUCACUGGAUAGCUAUGACAGAUUUGUUGUUGUAGUAAACAAGAGCAGUCCAGAACAAGUGCAGUAUCUACAGUUCUUGAAUAAGCUAAAACUGUUCUGUGUGUUAGACUUUGACCCCAACUCCAUUGCUCCAGGUGGACUGUGUCAUUCCUACAGAGAGUCAAGAGUGGCCAAUCUUCACACUCCAUCACAAUAUCAAGGACAGACUGAGUCAGUAAUCAAGAACCUGAACCUCUGCAAACAGACCAGCUGGGUCUUCUGCAAUGGCAGACAUGAUCUUGACAGUGACUCAAACAAGGAGUUAGACUAUAGGAACUGGCUGAGGAAAGCUUGUGGAGUUGUAGACCAAUUGGUUUCAUUCAUUUGCAACCCUGAAGUUCUUCUUCAUGGAAGAAGUCUCAUCAUAUUCCUUCUGCUUUCACCUGUGGAUACUGAGAAAGACCCAAUCUUUGACACCUACAAGUCUUUCAUAAAAUACACUGAAGAGGAAGGCAUCAUCACAAUUUGUGAAUCUCAGCACUCGUAUGAGAAAUGGAGGGAACUGAUACAAGAAAAGUGUGAGUCUGAUAUCGACCCACGAUCCAUAUACGCUCUGACCCUUAGCGAAGUCAAUGGAACCAUAAUGGCACUGGGACCAUUCAAUCAGUCAAUUGGAAGGCUGCUUCCCUCCUCUGGUUCCAGUGCUGUUGUCCUGAAACAGAAGGACGAAGAUUUCAUGCCCGCUCUGGACAUUUUGUGUCUGAAUCAGUGUGAAAACAUUUAUGAUGAAAACAGUCAAGAGUUUCAUGAUUUCAGGAUCAAAGUUGAGGAGGAGUUCUACAGAGGAGGCAAAGUCAAAUGGUGGAACUUCUACUUCUGUGACAAAGACAAAGACAAGCCAUUUGUCAAGCGGGACAAGUAUGAAAAUGUGAAGAAGAUGAUCAGGUCUCAGUUGAGAGACUCAAAAAACAUGUGUGCUCUGCUCAAUCUGUUUCACCAUCCAGGCUGUGGUGGCACCACGUUAGCAAUGCACGUGAUGUGGGAUCUCCGUCAUGAGUUCAGAUGCGCUGUGCUGAAAGACAACACACUACCAAAGACAGAAGUUGCCAUUCAAGUUCAAAGGCUCAUGAAACUUGAAAGUGAGAGACCAUCUCCAGUUUUGCUGUUAAUCGAUGACUCAAAGGAAACUGGGAAUCCUCAUGAUCUUGUGAACUGCAUACAUAAAGCUGCAUUAGAGGACAGCUUAAAUAUAAAUAUAGAUGAUGCACCAAACUGCAAAGUCAUCAUCCUUAACUGUGUUCGUUCCCAUAGCCCAAAGGACCAAUACAGACAGCACAAUCCAUCACAAGCUCAAUACAUAACUGCUUCAUUGACACAAGAAGAACAGAAGGACUUUGAAAAGAAACUCAAAGAGCUUGAAGAAACCCAUGAAAACCCUAAAAACUUUUACAGCUUCAUGAUCAUGAAGCGCAAUUUUGAAGAAAAAUACAUCAAUGAUCUUGCUCGUAACACACUGGUGAACUUUGAUUUCAGCAAAAAGGAGGCCCGGCUGUUUGCCUUCCUGGCAUUACUGAACACCUACGUGGCAGGAUCUGAAAUUUCUCUCUCUCUUUGUGAAGAUUUUUUGGGGAUGAAAAUGAUUCGCUGGCAAGAGGACAGUAUACUGGACAGAAUGAAGCCAUAUUCAAACUUUCUCAUCAUAGACACAGUUGAAGACUGGGGAGGAUACAAAGGAAUCCGAAUCCUUCAUCACUCCAUAGCAUCUGCAUGUCUUGAUGAGUUUGAGAGAAGCUGCUAUUUGAAAGUAAGCGAUAUCACUGUAGAGAUUCUUCACUGUGAUCUGUUCUUCAGUGUUGGAGUUGUCAAACACAGAUUCAUGCUAUCAAUUCAACGAAUGUUGAUUGAAAGGCAGCGCAAAAAAGGUGAGAGAGAUGAGAGAGAGCCAUUUUCUCCUCUCAUAGGCAAAAUCCACAACCAGCAAGGGAGACAAACUGUCCAAGAAAUCUUUGUGAAAGCAUCAUCCAGGUUUGUGACAAGUGCAUCUAUUCCACAGGCACUGGCAAGAUAUUUGUGCAUCAAUGAGCGUGACUUCCCAGAGGCUCUGAAAUGGGCAGAAAAGGCCAAGAACAUUAAGGAAAACCCAUACACAUUUGACACAAUUGGGCAGAUUCACAAAAGCAAUUUAAAAUCUAACAACCACAAAGAAAAGCAGGAGACAUCAUGCAAUCCAGAAGACCUAAGCACAAACAUUAAAAUAGCAGAAAAUGCCAUCACAGCAUUUAGAAGAGCUCAAGAGCUGGCAAAUGCAGAGGAUGAACCUGAGAUGGAGGCUGCUGAUGAUGAGUCAGAUGACUAUCCCAGAAAGUCAUAUAAUGUUUUUGGCUAUGUGGGUGUGCUGGAAAUUGCCUUCCUUGUCCUUGAGAUUUUGAGCAGAUUGCCGUUCUUUGAGCAAAGUGAUCCGAUGAAGAAGAAGUACUUGCAGAGUUUUCUGGAAAAAACAAUCCCAAUCACCAGCGUGUAUAAGGAGGACAAUGAGAUCAACAAUAGAUAUGUGGAGAUCAUCAAAGAACACAAGCAGUUUCUCCUCAGUUUGAAAACUGAAGUAAAGGAAAUGUUUGAACUUUUUGACUGUUACUUCACAUAUAUAAAAGGGAACAAUUCAGAUUUUGAUUCAAAGAAUCAUCAGACCGUCUGUAGUCAUUUUAAAGACUACGUAAAUCUUUUUUGCACUGCACCAGAGGAAAAAAAAAAAGAACGACAAAACAAUCCUAAUCUUGAUUUGAAAAUGGAUAUUGAAGAACGAAAAAUGUUUCUUGAAGAGAAAAAUGCAGAUACAUUUGCAGGAAUUCUUCAGCAUUUGUACAAACCCGCUGAAGAGAUUGAGAACAUCACAGAAUGCUAUGCAUUCUUACAAAAAAACUUUAUCAACAAAAAACAAAAGACAAAAGAAACAAUCAAUUACAUUUUGUCAAACAUAGUUCUUUACAUUCUGAAACCAAGAUCUAAACAUGUCAAGAGUAGUAACCACCUCUCUGCUCUACUUUCGAAAACUCUGCAAGAUGUAGGACUUGGGUUUCCCUUCCCCGACCCAUACUACCUGGCUUUGCUCUUAUUCUGGCCAAGUCCUACUCAAGAAAACACUGAAAUCGGGGUAUAUGUGAGAGCAAUUCGAAACUCAUAUCACAAGCGCCUGACUUCAUGGUUUCGAAACAGGAGCACUGUUGCCCACUUCUUUUUGGGGAAAGAAGAGGGACUCAAGAGGCUUGUUUCUAAACCCCAACUAGAUGAGAACUUUAAAGAGAUGCGCCGUGAAAUCUUGGCACAACACUGGCGGAACGGAGAUAUAUUUAAAGAAAAAGCAAUUAUUCACCGUCUUCAACGAGUCAGUGGAACCAUUGAGCAAGGAGAGGUGUUUGCCAAUUAUGGAAAACUGAAGAUCCCUGUGCGUCCAGCUCUUAUUGCUGGUAUAAGAAGUGGUUUCAGCACAGAAAAGGUUUCUUUCUACCUCGGUUUUGCUGUUAAUGGACCCCUUGCUUAUGACAUCCAGUAUGAAAACUAGGGUAGUUGACUGUACAAACACAUGCAACACAAGCACUGAGAAAAAACAAAACAAUCACCAGUGUGUAUGAGGACAAUGGGAUCAAUAACAGAUAUGCGGAGAUAAUCAAAGAACACAAACAGGUUCUCCACAGUUUGAAAACUGAAGGAACUGACUGUCUGUGGUCAUUUUAAACAGUAUGCAGCUCGUUUUUGCAACACACCAGAGGACACAAGUCAAAUUUUCAAAUUGAAAAUGGAUAUUGAAGAAAGAAGAUUAUUUCUUGAAGAGAAACAUGCAGAUACAUUCACAAGGAUUCUUCUGCAUUUGGACAAACCUGUCGAAGACGUUAAGAGCAUUUCGAAACUCGAAAAGGAGCACUGUUGCCCAACUGAGACUCAAGGCUUGUUUCUAAACCCAAACUGGAUGGAAAACUGAAAAUCCCUGUUUGUCCAGCUCUCACUGCUGGUAUAAGAAGUGGUUUCAGCACAGACAAGGUUUCUUUCUACCUUGAUUUUACUGUGGAUGGACCCCUUGCUUAUGACAUCCAGUAUAAAACCAUGGGUAGGUGAUUUUUACAGACAUGUGAAACAAGCAUUGAGAAACGAGCUGUACAGUGAAAAAAGUGGUGUGGCAUCUAGUGACUCACUGUAAUGGAAUUUCAACCACACCUCAUAAAAACACACAAGCAAAUUAUAUGUAAAACAGAUUGUGGGGUUAAAUUAAUCCUGGGGCUCAAGCUAUAUAUGUAUAUAUGUUUUUAUAUUCCUUUUAUCACAUUUAUUCUUUUAAAAACAUUUGUAAUCAUUUUUCUAAGGAUUUUUUGUUAACUCCUGCAGAUAGCAUAUAGCAUAGCAUAUUCACCUAUUCAUUUAUCUGUAAGUGCAAAUAUUAUAAUACUGUAGCUGAGCAUUGUUAUUUUGUAGGACAAACAAAUGCAACAUAAGUGCUGACCCAUGAAUUGGACAGAAAGGAAAAACAGGUGUGGCAUCUAGUGCCUCAUUGUGAGGGAAUUUUAAGUACACCUCAUAAAAGCACAGGCAAAUGAUAUGCAAGACAGACUGCAGGGUUAAAUUCCAAUCCUGCAGCUCUAGCUGUAUUUAUGUUUUUAGAUCUUUUAAUGUCAUUUACAUUUUUUUUUAAUCUAUUUUUGUUGUUUUGCUGCAAAUUCAUCGAACUGUCUCCUACUGAUUUAUCUCCAAGCACUAUUAAUGUAAUACAGUCGUUAACAGUGAACCCAUUGCUCUUUUUUUGUUUGUUUGUUUUUUGAAGACGAAGAGAUCAAGGAUCCCCAGAGCUCCAAAAUUCCAGUUGAGAGCCAUUAAUGUAGAAGACAGAUUGCAGACUUAAAUAGCUAGCCUGCAGCUCUUGAUGCAUAUAUGAAUAUGUUUUUAGAUUCUUUUUGUGUCAUUUUAUUUUUUAACCAUUUUAUCCACUUUUUGUUUACUUUUUGUUUGUUGCAGAAUUACCCAAAUCCCAGCUGAGAGACACUGAUCUCUCAAUAAUUCUGUAUUUUUCUGUUAUUACAAAUUGUUCAUUGUUAUUGAACAGAUAAGGGUAAAAAAUGAAACAACGGGAUCAUUAUCUCCUGUUCUUGUGUGAAAAUGUGAUUGAUUGAAACAACAUAAUUUGCUGUAAAUGUAACAGGGAUGCAUCCAUGAAGGGCAGUAUCUGAAACCAUGGCCACCCCAGGUACCACCCCGUUAUCCUAAACUAUGAUUGGCUGUGUGCCUAGUCCUACUUUGUAUUUGUUGUUGUAUUAAAUGUAGAUUUGAAGUUUACACCAUUUUCACAAUACAAUAUUUUGUCCACACAGGUUUUUUUUGUUUUAGAUAUUCCAUACUGUGACUGUAUUUCUAAUAUGCAUUGUUUUCCUUUGUAUGUAGCCUGCUUUUGGAGCAACAACUUUUUAAAGACGUAAUCUGUUGAGAACCAUGUUAGACUUUAUAUUAACCUUAUUGAACAUAUAUGUCAUGAUAAACAUUUUUGAACAAAUCAUUUUCAAUAGUGUGGCUGAUUGUUGUGGAUAGCAAGUUUUCUAAAGGGACGGGAUUUUGUUGUAUAAAGCUUUUUCAGCUCUUAAUGCUCAAGUGGCCACAUGUGAAAACUGUUUGACCAUUCCCGGUGCCCCCCCAUUAUCAUAAACUAUGAUGUGCUAUCUGCUGCCUGGUCAGAGGUCACAGACCUCAGUUUGUAUUUUUGUAUGGAAAUUUUAAGUUUGGCACAAUUUUGUCAAUAUUUUGUUCAUACAGGCAUUUUUCUUUAUUAUUAUUUUCAUUUUGUUAGUACUUGAUAUUUUGCUUUUUUUAUUUGCAUUUGUUUUUUUUUAUGUAGCUGACUUUUGGAGAUACGAGCUCUUUUUGAGGACUUAAAGAAUAAAGGAUGAAAGCUUCAUAUUA